GCUCGGGACGUCGCAGCGAGCGGUCGUGUUGCGGGCCAUUGCGCGAAACGUGAUCGGUCUCUCAUUUCGAAAUUGUCGAAUCGUCGCGUAUCAUAAAACAAUCGAAUCUAGUGAUCGAACGUCGAGUGUUGCACAGUGUUGAGAUGUACAAGCGCAGUUAAGUAAACCGCCGGAGAUGCAAGCGAUGAGCGCGAACACGGGCGCGCCCAGAGCGCCGCAGCGGUCGCCGUUCGCGAUACAGGAGCUGCUGGGGCUGUCGGACAACCGCGAGAGCCGGGAGCGAUACUUCGAGAGCCGGGACGAUAGAGUGCUGAACUUAUCUGAGAACAGAGAGCCGAGAGGCCCCUAUACGCCGCAGUUCCCUUUGCCGGCGUCGGUGGCGAGUCGAGUGGCGUACGCGGCGGCCUUCAACGCGCAAGCUGCGGUGGCCGCGGCCUUCCUACCCGGUCCCCCCUUGUUACAUCCGCCGCCUGGCUUUCCGCAAAUCAAGUCGCCGUACAGCCCCUCGCAGACGCAUCUCUCAGGUGUAUCAUCACUCGAAGCUGCGAAAGACUUCACAGUAGACGGUCUCACGGGCUACAAUGGCAAGAAGAAGAAGAAAAAAAGGAGACACAGUAGGACGAUCUUCACCUCGUACCAGCUGGACGAGCUGGAGAAGGCCUUCAAGGACGCCCACUACCCUGACGUGUACGCUCGCGAGAUGCUCUCACUCAAAACUGACCUGCCUGAAGAUAGAAUACAAGUCUGGUUCCAAAACCGUCGAGCGAAAUGGCGCAAGACGGAGAAGUGUUGGGGACGGUCCACCAUCAUGGCGGAGUACGGGCUGUACGGCGCGAUGGUGCGGCACUCCUUGCCCCUCCCUGAGACCAUCCUUAAGAGUGCUAAGGACAAUGACAACGUGGCGCCCUGGCUACUUGGCAUGCACCGCAAGUCACUGGAGGCGGCGCAGCACCUCAAGGAGUCGGGGUCGGAGCGCGAAGGCUCGGAAGCGGAGCCCGAGAGAGCGCCCUCUGCCUCGCCGCACCGACAUGACGUACAUGAUAACCAGUUCGGACAAGCCCAGAGUUCCCCCGGCAGCAGCACAACCGCGUCGUCGUCAGCGAAGGGGCGAGCGUCGCCCGACACGCGCGAACUGUACGACGACCCCGAGGCCUUCCGCAACAAUAGCAUCGCGUGCCUGCGGGCCAAGGCGCAGGAGCACCAGGCGCGGCUGCUGUCCAACAACCUGCUACUGCAAGUGCGAGGGCUGCAGCGGUCCCGCGCGGCGAGUGCGGACGAGGACGGGCCGGCGGACAUCGACGUGGGCACCGAGCCGCCGCCGCUGGACGCCGCGCGCCUCUACUGACGCGCCCGAACCGGCCCACUGUAAUUAUGUACAUUCUACGUCACGCGUUACGUGCCCCAGGUUUUCGUGCAAUACCCUUAGUUAAGUAUUUAUCUGUUAGCGUUGUGUUAGAUACGGCGCAGCUGCGGCGCGAUCGUGUUUGCCGUUUUUAUAUUGCGCGAGAUUAUUUAAGCCUCAGUUUAAUCAUAAUCGACAAAUCACUUAUAAAUGAAACCAUCUUAACAUCAUUUGACAAAUGUGUGAGAUGACUAUGUUAAUUUUUUCACCUGUGUUGAACAGAUAAUUCGUUUCAAAGUAUGCUGAUAUAAUACAGCAUCUGUUACGUGUAAAGUACACGAUGCUUGAGGAAAUGGUCGCGCAAACAGCCGAAAUGGAUGGAUGGCGAAACACCGAAACAUUGCAUUUACGUUACCUUGUGACGAUUACUUAUAUAACAGAUUAAUGAUAUAACUGCGGUGUUUUGGUGUUUUGCUUUAGAAGGUCGUUUCACAAACAAUAUUAUCUGUAAAUGUUUGUAUCGCAUAUAAUGUGGUCGCUUCGUCAGCUGCGCCCGUAUUAGCGUUGUAUAAAGUUGCCGACGCGACAUCUGGCGUCGGAUAGUUGUAAUGUAUUUAAUAGUUAAGGCGGGAAGACUAGUUGAAGUGAUCGGCACUAAUUUUAAAUUUUAUUGUAAAUGUUGGACGCCUAAUUGGAAAUUAUUGUGGUAUUGAUUAUUUGCUAAUGUAUAUUAUAGAGCCUGUACUUAUUCGGCUUAUACUUACGAGUCAUUGAGCACAAUGCGAGGCUAUUUUUCAUUAAAUUUAUCGUUAGCGAAAUAGUUCUGAAAUGAAUUGAUAUCGUUUUGGAAAACUAAUGUUUAUCGAAGAACCAACGAAAUUGUGUAGAUAAUUUUUUAAAAAUUAUAAAGAUGUUUAAUUACUGGAUAUUUUUUUAAUACCAUUAAAUAUCUUGACAUUCCAGUUUUUUAACAAAACAAUUGAAUGUAUAGAUAUAACACGUAGCAUUAGAUCUCGAUAUGUGUCUGAAUAUGUAUGCCUAAUUUUUUAUUAAUUUUAUAAAUUGGUUGUGACAAAUAAUAUAAAAUUACCAACUAUAUACCUACUUACCAAUAAUUUACAUCAUUUAAAAAUCUCGAUACAUGUAAAAUUGUAUUUAAUGAAUUAUUUGUAAAUUAUUGUACCUACCCAGGUUUCAUUUUAAUAUAUUUUCAUAUGAACUAGAUUCUGCUUAGAGCCUACAUUAUGUUCUUCCAUGUUUUAAUUAACUUAUGUACUUAGGAAACUGAGAAAUAUUUUCACUACCUUAGAUAAUAAUUACUUACUUACCAAUAUUUUUAUUUAUCUGUAGCAAACCAUUUUAUGUAAAGCCUUCUAUUCAUUAGGCAAUAUCUGUACCCGUUACGUUGUAUUUUUUCAAAAUAGGAACGUAACGUUAUCUUUCAAAAUAGUUAAGAUUAUAUAAUAUAAUCUGUUUUGAUUAAAAAACAAAUAUUGUCUAAUGAAUUUGCGGCCGCCACAGACAAAAAUACAUUGAUGCUGUAGAAUAAUUGCAUAGACUUAAAAUAUUCUCAUAUUCGGCGUUGUGAUAAAUUGUUGUUUAGUCUUAAACCGCCGUACUCUUGUACUUAUUACGAUAUCUAUAGAAUAAAAUUGUAAUAUAUUUAUUGAAUUACCACUCGAAAGAAACUUAAGC